UUGAUUCUUCAUUGAUAAUUUCGCCUAUAAUUUUGUGUUAAAUUAUGAAUUAAAAUCUAUUAACAUAAGUCUUUUAUCUUAAGGCUUGUAUAAUAAAAAAGUCGCCUUAUUAUAGUAUCACAAUGUUGCGUCCUUUUAGCAAUAAAAACUUACAUUUCGGUUUUAUUUUGUUAUUCGCUUAUUUUGGGUAUGUUACAGCAAACCAUUGUAAUUUUAAUGUUAAAUUGAAGCAAGUUCUUAAAAAUCAAGGAUUCCACAGGAACAUAUCCUAUGGCAUAGUGUUCAAUACUGAUGAUGACAACUGCUGGCUGUACAAGGACUGUGUGGUCGGACUGGACCAGACAUUGCCGCAUGGAGUCUAUGCCAACCCUGAUGAGCUCAGCACUCUAAGACGGCUAAAGAAGUUGAAUGCCGUUCCAAAGACCCGUAUAAACACGGAGAUGCCAGCAGAACACUCGUAUCCCACCACCACAUACAUCACGGAAAGGAUCAAGGACUGCAAGGUGCAUGUGUGGCUGCCGGUACAUGCUCGGUACCAUUUAGCCACGCCUGGUGGGGGUAUGGCCCGCAACACGAUAGGUCCGCCCAAGCUGUACCUGCGCUGCCCCGACCAGCGCCUCGACAUGUGUAACAAGGCCGCCACUCCCGUCACCUUUCUCUGCAACGGCAGCUCCAAGGAGAAGUGCAGCUGGAAGGAACUGCCCUACACCUUGCUAACAGACACCCUAGUAUGGAACAUUCCAAUUGGCAACAUGGAGCACUACCACGCGAUCUCAGUGGGCACCGCGCUCGUCAUAGCCAUCGGCUCGCUCUACCUCAUCAAGGCGAUACACGAACACAAACUCGUCACCAUGCCCUUCAACCCAUACACUUCUUUACACAAUUAGUAGCAAAAUUAGUAAGUAUCGAUUUUCUAUUUCUAGCAGCGAAAUCUAUUGGUAGGUAUGGGUCCUUAAGAUGACAACGUUUAUCCUAUUAACAAAAAAAAAAACAAAUAAAUUGUCUAUUGAAAUUAAUGAUUAUAUUCAUUUCAUGUUUAAUUUAUUUUUUAUUCAUAUAAAAUGCUCAAAUUAUUACAAUAUUUACUUAUGUAAAGUAG